AUGAAAAGGGAUGCUACGGCUCCUACGGAUCGACAUUCUCUUAAACGUCCCUUAACGACAGAAACUGAAUCUUCCAAUAAGGAAAAGAUAUUUUCAUUGUCAAAAAAGAAGAGUGAGCGGCAACAGAUAGUCACAAAACUCGAGACAUAUUCAUGCCCGAUAUGUGAAGUUGACCUGACGGAUAUCAAGUCGAGCUAUCUACGUCAAAAACAUGUAGAGGAAUGUAUGGAUAAUCCAUAUGAUGAAAGCAUAGACGCAUUAGACUGUUUUUUCUGUGGAAAGGUUUUAUCGCACAUGAAUAUGGCAAGAAGACAGAUUCAUAUCAAUCAUUGUUUAGACAACGUUGAAGAGGAAUUAAAGAAAAAGAAAAAUGGUCAAUUAUCUUUACUAGAGACACUGACUAUUUGCCCUGUCUGUCAUGAGUCUGCUCCAUUUGAUCGUCGUUGCUUGAAACAGAAAAUUGUUCAUAUCAAACAGUGUCGCUGUUUAUUCAAUUUAUCGAUGCCCCAGUUGAUCCAAAGGCUUAGAUGGACAGGUUGGGGACAUACACCCAUUGUUAAUAAUAACAAUAAUAAUACCUCAAAUGACAUCCAAGUGGCUGACAAUAAUAGCUACAACAAAAAUAGAGUGACACAUGAGCUUCGUGCUGUAGACUGCUCAACAUUUGAUGAUGACGAUAACUUUGCGAAUAAUAUAAUUGUUAGUAGAAUGAACCAAUCCCUAUGGAAACCACAAACGUCAGAUAAAUCAGACGACGAUAUUCAAAUGGCACUGGCAUUAUCUCGUUCACUACAUACAUCACAAAAACGUAAAGUCGUCAAGGACCUGAAUGCUUCCAAUAUUUGGUCUGUAGAAGAAUCCAAGCAAAAGGCCUAUGAAAAACUUGACUUGAUCUUAUUUCCUGAUGAUCAAUCAGAAUUAAUCCAACAAGAGCGUGAAAGGUCUAUUGGAUCUAUGGGAUUAUCAAGCAUAAAGACAAUAGAAAAGAAUGUACGAAAUAUAUCAUACUGGAAGCUUCCAAGUAUCGGCGAUCAAGAUAAUAAUUCUAUUUUCGUAUCAAAUUUUAUUCACCAGAUACGCAUUAAGAAAUAA